ACCACCGUAAAACCGUGGAAGAACUGAUUAACUGCCUGUUAGUGAUCAUAGACCGUAUAUAAAGAUGGACAUAGCCAUGUUUGAGUGUGCGGGCCUGCGUGCGCGUGCGGCUAUGCUGAGGACUAGAGAGAGGAGCGUUGGUUUUGGCCCGGGGACUGGUUUCUUGCUGUUUGUGGCGUGGUUACGGCCGAUAGUAACCUGUUGUGUCCUGGCUUUAAUGAAAGCAUCGUUUGCAAGGAGAAGUCGUCCGCUGUUUCCUUAUCACGUCUGUGAGGAACGCUACAAUAUAGUUUUUAUUAUCGUUGUUAUUUUCAUUUGUUUUAGCUUUAGUUUAUUUUCCCUUAUUUUACUCUUGCUUCAUUUUACUCUAUGACGUACCACGUACCUUCAUUCUGUUUAUCUUUUCAAUAAAAAGAAAAACAGAAUAAAAAGAAAAAUCGAAGAAGACAGGUAGUGACGUAUGUGUUGUGGAAGUACGUCACAGUUUUCUAGCCAAAGGCGGCAGUGAUGCGAAAUUUGAAAUUUGUGGGCUAGCUGCUAGCUGCUAGCACACGCCUUAAAUGCAUAAUAAUCAGUCAACUUUUUCCCAAAACAAUGGCGUCGUAUCAUCAUUUAUUGCAGCACACAAAACCGCGAUUUGAAUCUCCUGCCAAGGUGUUCGCGAAACUAAAAUCCAAAGUGCAGAGAGAAGCGACGAGCGCAAAAGAGGGGAUUUUCACAAGCGAGGAUCCGCUGCGUUACGUCGGAGAGAAACACGGAGCCGAAUUCAACUCACCCAGGAAGAAAACAAAGAGCAACUGGACUUCUGAUGAGCUCAAGGAGAAUCACAGGUUUGGUUCUUAUCGCAGUGAAGCGCAGGCACUGACUCUCUCGCCCAUAUCGAGUCCACAGAAAACCUUCGGGUGUUUAUAUUCAGACAUUAGCAUGAAACCGUUGGAGGAGACACUUGCAGAAAGUGAAUCAGGACACGGACACACACGGAGAGAGAGAGCUUUCCUGGAGUCAACGGCUAUGUCUCAGCCCUACUCUUUGGUCAAAAGAAGUCGGGUCCUCAAAGAGCCACCUCAGAUCGUGGAGGGUUUCACUGUAUGCAGCAGGACUCCAGUGAAGAUACAACCAGUGAGUGACUAUGGACUAUUUAAAGAGGAAUGUGCUCCUCUCAACACACCCAUGUCGCCAGCCAAUAUAUUCUCCCCCAUGAGGAAACGAUUGAUGAAGAGAAAACUGGACCAGCAUGAGUUUGACAAAGUCAUUGGUAGCACUGAGGAGAUACAAAAUGAAGCCCUGAGUCAGCCACUAGACCUGACAACAUCUGCUUCCAGUGAGGAUAACAGCCGCAACAAGACAAAGGAUUUGGGUUAUGUUAUAAAAUGCUCUGAUGACCAAUUACAGAUGAUCCACAAAGUUUCGCUCCCACCCCCAAGAUCCAUAGCAGAGAAAGGUUGCAGUGCUGUUAUGGCAACGCUUCCUCCAAUGUCCCCAGCGAAGAUGUUCGCUUAUAUGAAGGAGAGGGAAAACAAAAAACAACUGCAGGAAGAUUGUAACAUGAGCAGACGGGACCUCUUCAAUGUUGGUAAUGUUCAUCAGUCCAGAGACACUCCCCUCCCCACAGAUCACACCACACGUGAGAUGGAGGACGCUGCUUUUAGAAGUGCUCCAGCAAGUGUAGUUCCUUCAAACCGGUACAAAGUGGACUCACCUGACAGCCAGUCAGACGUGGAUCACUCAGAAGAUGUAAUAAGCCCGACAGUGCCACCACAACCUGUUUUGCUGGAAGACCCGCUUGUGCUGAAUUCUCCACAGGUCUCCAUCCCGAAGAAACGCGAGACCGUCUUCAAGCGCAGCAAAUGGCCCAAGCAAGCAAAUUUUCCAAGUGAAAGUGUGAUUUAUCUUAAAAAGUGGUUUUUGAGAAAGAAUCCUAAAGGCCUGUUUGUUGAUGGAAUCCACAGGGAAGACAACAUACCCUGGAACAGUAACAUCAUUGUGGAGAGAGUUUCUAGUUCUGUGCUGAAGACUGUCACCGGCAGAGUUUACAUUUUGGUGGGGAAGAUGAAAAUGGAUGCUGCCUCAGAUUUUCCUAAGUGGUUUUUGAAAAAAUUUGCUAACGGUUUUCCUCUGAACUGGAAGGCGCUUUAUGAGAAGCUCCUGUCAGAGCCAAGAGGCAGAGAAACGGAGAAGAACGCCAAAGGGAAAGGCAUCACACCUAAGGCAAAAUCUGAGGCCUCUUCAGUUAACCACUGUGUGAAGCGGGAAAAACAAAAGGCUUUGGGGACACCUGACUCCUGUCCUCUCAACUCCUCCUCCACUACAAAAGUGUCUCGAAGUGGUCGUGUGAUCAAGCCACCUCUGGAAUACUGGAAAGGAGGGCGAGUCUUUCUGGACGCAUUCAUGAAUGUUACCGUCCACGAAUCCUACGAUACGUCCAUCUGCACACCUGAAGUCACUACAACGGUGCCUGCGAGGAAGUCACAGAAACCCAUCAGUGUGUUUGUGCCCAGCAGUGAAGGCUGGAAGCAAAGCGAAUCAGCCAACAAGGAGAGUGAACCAGUGCUACGGAGGAGGGUCAGACUUCCAAAUCGUACCACAGUCAAGAUUAAGCCUGACCAGAAGCCCUCCAGUUCACCUGAGCCUGUUGUAGAGACACUUAUAAGUACUGAAGAGUGGCAUGGUAGAACAAGGUCCAGCCGGAGGGGUCCAGCCAAAGGAAGAGACCUAAAUGUGAACACUCUCCCACAAAAUCAGUGUGAACUUGAAAAGUAUUCAACACAGAGGUCCAAAAAACAAACACACAACACCGACAGGCCCUCAGUGAGAGCAUCAGGGAGAAAACGGACUGUCAUAAAGUCCCCAGAGUCUCCUUCAAUUUUGCCAUCUGAUGAUGAGUUGUCCAUUCCGAGACGGACACAGAGGAACGGCGUGUACGGUAAGAAAAGCAGGAAUUUUCAGAAGAACUCGCCGCCAAACCGCGUGUCUUCAUCAAAGAGUUCAUCGGAGUCUUCUGAGGAGAGAGGAAGGAAGAAGGCGACCAGAGUAACAAAAAAACGCAAUGAGGCAAAACGUAAACCGAGCAAAUACACCAAACCAUCGCCACCUCCAAAGCCUCGGCUUGCACAAACCAACAGAAAACACAAGGCAGUCAAAGGCAGCAGAGUUAUUCCACAUGAGCAAGAUGAAGAUGAAUGGACUGAGGAAGAGCUUCUGAAGCUACAAGAGGCUGUCUCCUGCUAUCCGAAGCACAUGGCAGGUUACUGGGAAAAGGUAGCAAGGAUGGUCGGAACACGUUCUACAGAGGAGUGUCACAACCAGCACACAUCCCACGCAACAUCACAGACUCCUGCUAAAAAAGCCAAAAAAAACAAAAACGAAAAGGUGGAAGCAGCCAAACCUCCAGAUAAUCCUUUGAUAUCUGCCCGAGUGGGAACCUUAAAGAGAAAGCAGCAGGUGCGUCAGUUCCUGGAGAACAUGCCCAAAGAAGAUGUCGAUGACGUUUUCAGCUCAGCCUACAUGCAGAAUAAACGCUUUGAGAUGCCCUCCUUGUGUCCGAGUGAAGAUCUCGACUGUACGGAGCUGGAGCCCAUGACCCCGAUGUCGUCGUGUUUCAGCGAAGCGAAGACUCCUCAGUGUCUGCAUAUAACUCCUGGCAUGAUGGGUUCUCCAAACAGGAACGACGACAAGUACGUCUAUCAACUGCAGAAGAGGAUGAAAAAAAAACAGUUUAAUGUCUGCAAGCGUUCGUCUCCUGCAAAGAACUUCACACCCACGCCAUCAGUUAAACGCACAAUGAGAAGAUGUGGUAACACAGAAAACGACACCUUUGUUGUUUGGGAGUUGUUCCCAGGACAUGGUGAAGCUCCAACUGAAAGCGAAGAGGAGGAUUUCUACUUCUCAGACAACAACUGAUUGGCGUCCGAGCUGAAACGUCACAUCAUUUUUACAACAAAUACCGGAAAUUAUUCACAUGAUUUAAAAUCAGCAGAAGAGAGAUAUACACAUUUUUUUUCUCGUUGAACUCAUCAAAUAUGAACAAUACAACUGAUACUGCAAAUUUUUCCCUGCAUCGGUGGGAAACAAACACAUUUGCCAGACUAUUUCAUGUCAAGCUUUUAAACAUAUCCGAAAAUGCUAUGUAUUAUAAGUGAACACAUUCUUGUGUUGGGGACAAUAUCAUUUGUUGUAAAUUUAAAAGCAUUUUUAUUGACAAUAGUUUUUUUCUGUUGUCUGCCAGUAUGUUGUAAAUAAGUUUUGUUUAAAACCACUGGUCCCACAGUUAGUUGUAAUUACUUUUAUAAUAAACCUUUUCUCCAGUUUUAGUUAUGAUUUGUUUGUGAGAAUUAUGAAAUCAGAGAUAAUCACACAAUCACAAAGUUUCAUUUGUUUAAACAACUCCAGGUAGCAAAAAAAAAAGUUUUUGAAUAAAGUCCUUCUUGUACAAGG